CUUUUCUUCACCCACCUCACACCAUGAGGCAGUUGGGGACAGUGCUAGAGAAGGGCUCCAAUUUUAAAAUCCAGGCAGUCAAAUGUGGAGAGAAAUGAUCUUAUGGGUGUCCUGUCCCCAAGCAACUUGGGGCUUUGAAGAUUAAUACUAGCACUCUGAACUAGACCAGGAAACUGGAAUACAGAAAAAACUUAUUUCUAGAGUGUACACGUUAUUACUAGAAUGGGAGACAAAAGGUGAACAGGUAAAAUAAGCUAUUGGGCGAGGGAUAUAGGACAUAAUAUAGAAUUCAGUGCACGUGAGAAAUUAUGGAAGAAAGACUUAAAAUUUACAGCAUGUUACAAUUUUAUGAAAAUGAUAUAUAGGUAGUAUCUGACGCCUAGUAAAUUAGCAAAGAUGUAUAAGAAGGAAUCAAAUAUUUGUUGGAAAUGUAAAGAGAAAGAAGGUACUUUCUAUCAUAUGUGGUGGACAUGCAAAAUGGCUAAGGGCUUCUGGGAGAUGAUACACAAUGAAAUGAAGGGGGGGGGAGGCCCUUUGUAAAAAGCUUUUCUUUUAGGAAUUGUUUCAGAUGUACCUAGAGAUCGGGGGGGGGGGGAUUUCCUUUAAAAAAGGAAAAAAGGAAAGGAAAAUCUUUUCAUGUAUGCAACUACGGCAGCCCAAAUGGUAUAUGUUCAGAAAUGGAAGGAGGGUAAACACCCACAAAGCAGGAAUGGCAGAUGAAACUGAUGGACUAUGCAGAAAUGGUAAGUGUAACUAGUAGAAUAAGAGACCAGGAAGAAAGAGACUUUCAGGAACACUGGAAAAGAUUUGAAUUAUUUAGAAAAUUUUUAAAAACUAUUGUAAACCAAUUAAAACUGAUUAGAGAAAAUUCAGAAGUAUAAUGCAAACUGAGAUAAAAAGGGGGGAAAGAACAUGAAAUAACUAGAAUAUGCAGUGGUAAAGGGUAAAUAAAAUGGAACAUGGAACAGUGGGAAGGGAAGUCAAGGUGAAAUGUAUGGUUUGUAUUUUGGUGACUGUAAACAUGUACAUUUUGUAAAAUUGGGGAAAAAAUAAUAGGGAACCACCUGGACAUUCUAAUUUGGGCCGAAAGCAUAGAUAAUCCUGUACAUGAUGAAGUCCUAUCAGAUAUAACUUGAUAGGAUUUCCAUUGAAUAGCAACAAUUGCUCAUUACGACCAUGAUGUCAAGAUUGAUGUGGUUUUGCGAUUUUGAGGAGGGUGGAGCUUCUGCACAUACUGACAGCUAUCUUUUUUUCCGUUGUUACGCGUAUAAAUAUUCAGCUUGCAAAGGAGCAACAAGCAGUAAGGAUUGUUGUAGUGCCUAAUAAUCAAAAGGAUGAUGCCCGUGUUUCUGAAAGCAAUCCUGGCAAUCUGCUUGUUGGUAGAAAUUGUCUCUACCACUCCAUUAAGACAACCAGAACAGAUAGAUGAUAUAAAAUUUAAAAGAUAUGUUGCAAUCUUAAACGCCAGCCUUGAUCGAGCAUGUAAGAGGUUAAACGUAAGUCAAAUAUCAUCUUUGUUUUUAUUGUCAUGUCAUUAUGUGUUGUGGCCAAUUUAUUGCUUAUUGAACAAUCACAAAGAAGGCAAGGAGGAUGUUUUGUUAUUAAGCCAACUUCCGUGGGCAAAAUGUGCUUACUUCUUUUCUCUCUCUCUCAUAAUGUGCUAAGAAGAAGACGAGAAGAGGGUUGUACUUUUUUACACAACAUAAAUGGUUCAAUAGGAUGUAUCACUUUACUCAGUAUUCAGAUUCAUUCCUUGGAAGCAUCAGUGUUUUAUCUUUCUAGGAAACCUUUAACAGCAGCAUGUUGAUGAUGCUACUGAUUCAGAAUCUUUACCAUGAUUGCCACCUUAAAAAAGAAAUAUAUUAUUAUUUCGUAAGUGUAUAGGUACUAGGCAAAAUCUUCAUUACCUUAUUAAUUCUAAACCACAUCAGAACUUUCCUUUCAUUUAACAAUAAUUUCAGUAAUUAUUCAUUGAUGUAUGCUACUUUGAGCUCUUUGCAGAAAGGUAGGAUAGAAAGUGUAGUAAGUAAAUAACUAUUGGAUAAAAAUUGUGCUGCUGAGAGCUUAAGAUAUUUGCGAGUUGCUGUUAGUAGACCGGGUUAGUAUCUAAUCUAGAAUCAUAAGCAUUAAUAUAAGCAGAAACCAGUAACAAUGAUUUAGUAAAUAUGUUCUCAGCGCAAUGAGACAACAAGAAAAUCGCCUUUCUUUGUAAAAUCUAGAACUGAAAGUUACCGGUCACACAUCCUGCUCUGCCCAGGGACCACAAUCCAGAGAUAUGAUGCUGAAGUCCAUGGCUCUAAAGUAUCUUAGAGCAACUGGCACAAUACACAUGAUACUGGUCCACCUAUUACCCCUUUAACCAUGUUCCCUCAUGCUGGUAGGCUUCUGUGCAUGAAAUAUAUAGGAACAGGCUGCCUGUAGUAGAUUGUUUUCACAAAUGGAUUCAGGUUUCUUCUAUAUGAGGGCAAAUGUGUUCCCCUCACUCAGUUCAGCUUGCAUGGUUUACAAUUUUAGGCUUUUUAAAAAAGUCUUCCUGAAGUCCUUUGCAGAACAUCAUUUUUUCAGGAACACCCAGCCUGGUAUCUUUGACAAGCCUACAAAUGAGCCAUGAUGCUGGCAAUUGGUUGUCCCCAACAUCUGGUAAUCGCACAUACGCUGCCUUUGGAGGUGAAGACUUCAUGUUGAAUUACUGUAUCCAUUGAGAAACUCCUUCUCAUUGAAUCAGUCUAGUCCAUGUUUGAAGAAGACCAGCAUGCAGUUCCUUCCUCUAAAAUGGAAAUGAGAGUGGGGGCCGGAAACAGUUGCCCAAGGUCUAGCCAGCAAGUCAGGACUCGCUUGCCAAAGUUUCCUUCCUUAACCAAUUUAUUGCCUUUUGUUUUACAGAAUUCAUCUUGUGGUAAUGCAGAAAUAAGAAAGAUUCGCUUUGAACCUAAUACUGAGAAAAUUGUAAGUGAAAAGUUUAUGUCCUUAACCCAAAAUGUAAAGUUUGAAAGUGUUUAGCAGCAAAAACCGAGCUGUUUGGGGCAUGUGGUGGGUGGGUUGAAUGGACAUUUAGAACAUCUUCUGUAAUUUUUAAACAUCAGCCAUGGCUACUUUACUGAGGAGUGUCCACAGUUGGCAUCAAGCCAUUCUUUAUUCAUUAUUUUGAAAUGCCACAGAUUGCUGUCCAUAUAGUCAAAACGUUUGUUGCUAUGGCAGGGCAGUGGAAGGGACACUAAAUUAUCAGGUUGCAAAAAAGCAAUUCCACUGAAAAAGUUCUCAACACUUGGGAAUUGCAACACAGUUUCCCAGUACAGGAUAAAAUAUAAAUUAUGCAUUGGAGAAAAUUGCAAUUUUUUCAUAAAUAUCAAUAUAUUACUUUUUAUUUAAUUUUCUGCUUUCCUCAGUUAUAAAGGUUUUUGGAUGCGCUGCUUCUCAGCCUGCUACUUCAUUUGAUUCAGGCAGGUCUCUUCACAAUACGUGAUAUGGUUCAGGCUCAUAGAACUUUAAACCACUAUGAAAAAGGUGGUUGCAGAAAUUUACAAACUAUGUAAUGCCUUGUUAGGGACGUGGGUGGCGCUGUGGGUUAAACCACAGGACUUGCCGAUCAGAAGGCUGGCAGCUCGAAUCCCUGUGACGGGGUAAGCUCCCGUUGCUCGGUCCCUGCUCCUGCCAACCUACCAGUUCGAAAGCACAUCAAAGUGCAAGUAGAUAAAUAGGUACCACUCCGGUGGGAAGGUAAACGGCGUUUCUGUGCACUGCUCUGGUUCACCAGAAGUGGCUUAGUCAUGCUGGCCACAUGACCCAGAAGCUGUACGCCGGCUCCCUCAGCCAAUAAAGCGAGAUGAGCACCGUGACCCCAGAGUCGGUCACAACUGGACCUAAUGGUCAGGGGCCCCUUUACCUAAUGCCUUGUUAUGACCAACCAGGGGUAUGUAGGAAAGGAGCCUUGCUUCUGCAAGUGUUGAGGCCUUCUUAUUAAAUCUUUAAGCCUGUCUCAGUCUGGAAUACAAGGAAGUACUUAGUUGGGAGAGAAACAGCAGAAUCCUUGUCGUGUCUAUUCACAAGUUACGUAGUCCUACUGAAUUCAUUAGGCUUUACCCCACUGUAAGUGUGGUUAGAAUUGCAGCCUAAAGCUGUAUUGUCAUACACUCUUGCCUUGAAGUAAGUCCUACUGAACUCAGGAGGGCUUACUUCUUAGAAGGCAUGGUUAGGAUUUCAGUCUUACAAUCUUGGAAGUGACAGAAGUGACAUCCUUCUAGAAUGACAUGUGCUUUUUUUGGAAUAUUGUUAUUACACUUCAAAGAACAUGUUAAAAGACACACAUGAUUUUUGUAAUUAUGUAUGCCAUGCAAGUAGCUGACCAAGGGAAAAACAUCGGGGAUUGAUCCGCUAUAGCAUGAAACAUAAAUAAAUUAGAUUAUACAUAAUGAUAACGAGUAACUUGAGUCUUGAGAACAUUAUCUCCCUAAACAAGUAGUUCAGUUAAAAAAAGUAUUGUGUCAAGUAAGAAAUAUGAACAAACCUUGUACUCAGUAUGUAUUGAAGUAGUCAUUCUACAUUCAACUUUGAACUUUUCUCAACAGUGUCAAACUUACAAAAACGUAUUUUUGGAUGUCCACUGUGCCCUCGAUAAAGUUGCAAAAAGCAAUCCAACUGAAUGCAACAAAACUGUGUCUGAGAUCCAGCCACACCCAGAGCUGUUUGACAACCAAGUGAGUAUUCUCUGAACAUAUAUAUUUCCCAUCAGUGAGAAUCUUGUGAAAAUCCAAUCUUAUUCGCUGACUCAGAUCUUAUCAGAUGUGUGGAAAAUCUGAAAAGAGAUUUGCUUAACCAAACUUUGAUCCAGCAGGUCAGAUAGGCCUUUUGCAAGGCACAGCCACAGAAUGAUGAGAGAAGCUCUCAGACCUGUGAGAAUUAAUCAGUACUUAAAUACGAUCAGAAUAUGGGCCAAGAAAAUGUGUGGAUGAGCCUGUGGUAGAGAGAAAGUUUGCCCCUGCCCCUUUCAGACACUAUUGGGGAGGGAUUCCAGUAUGGGAUAUAUUUUUACAAGCAUAUUUAUAAAUUGCUUUAUCUUGACCUAAGAGAUCAGCUCUAAUCAUCUGUCUCUAAAACAAUACUACUACUACUACUAAUCUUCUGAAUGAGCCAAAAUUCGUUCAGGCCUACUUCUACAAAUUACCGUUUUGGUAGUUUUGUACUGUUGGCGCUGUGCAGACAUAUCAACUCUCCUUUUGUCUCCCUUUAAAGACCAGCUGCACUUUACCAAACGAUGACGACAUGCUAAUGAAGGAAUUCUGCCUCAAACUACAGAAAUACGUCAGCCGCUUAUAUGCCAACUGUGCGAACAGCUAAAAGUGUACAUCUUAAGGAGUAAGAAGAUUUUUGUCUCAUAGGAAACCAUGGCAUCUGACAUUGUCCUGGAAACCAACACGUCAUUUGUGUUUGUUAUUCUUAAUGUCUGCUAUCGAAAGGUUAAAUGCAAUAAUUAAUUUCUUCAGCCAGGAAAAAAAGAAAAUCAAUAAUAAUACAAACUACCCACAGCAGUGAGCUCAAAGACCCUUGAGCGUCAUCAUAUGUAUUUGGAGGCUGCUACCGUGGGCAAAGAUUUGAG